UGUUGUGUCGCCGGCGAGUGGUUUUCGACUCAGGGAAUCGAAAAAGACCGCGCGCGUGUUGGGGUGUUGUUUGUGACCGGGAGGUGGGAUCUGUCGGGCGCGCCCUUGAACUUGGACUGCGACCUCGGAGUGCGCGCGGCGACGUCGAUAAGAGUGGUUUCCUAGCCGGAGCGGAGGAGCUGUUCUUCGCCGCCGCCGCCGCCGCCGCCGCCGCCGCCGCGGAGAGGAGAUGCUGGGCGCCUUCCCGCCGCCGGCGACCUGAGCGACGAGCGUAGGCGGCGCAUCCCGCCGCCAUGCAGCCGGACGCCAGGGACUUCCGCGCGCCCGUCGUGUCCUCGUCCACGUCGCCUCCUGCCGCCUCCGCCGCCGCCAGCUCGGUCAUGCGGCCGCCGCCGCCCCCGCCGCCGCCGCGGGCCAAGCCGGAGCGCGGGCACGAGGAGCCUUCCAGCUCCAUCCCCGACCUGGAGUUCGACGGGACCACGGUGCUGUGUCGAGUCUGCGGCGACAAGGCGUCGGGGUUCCACUAUGGCGUGCACUCCUGCGAAGGAUGCAAGGGCUUCUUCCGGCGCAGCAUCCAGCAGAAGAUACAGUACCGCCCGUGCACCAAGAACCAGCAGUGCUCCAUCCUGCGCAUCAACAGGAACCGCUGCCAGUACUGCCGCCUCAAGAAGUGCAUCGCGGUCGGCAUGAGCAGAGACGCGGUGCGGUUCGGGCGCGUGCCGAAGCGCGAGAAGGCGCGCAUCCUGGCCGCCAUGCAGCAGAGCUCCAACUCGCGGUCCCAGGAGAAGGCCGUGGCGGCCGAGCUGGAGGACGAGCAGCGGCUGCUGGCCAGCGUGGUGCGCGCGCACCUCGACACCUGCGACUACACGCGCGACAAGGUGCAGCCCAUGCUGGAGCGCGCGCGCGACCAGCCCUGCUACACGGCCUGCCCGCCCACGCUGGCCUGCCCACUAAAUCCAAACCCCCACCCGCUGACUGGGCAACAAGAAAUGCUUCAGGACUUUUCCAAGAGGUUCUCACCUGCUAUCCGUGGCGUGGUGGAGUUUGCCAAGAGGAUUCCAGGAUUUGCCUUGCUGCCACAGGAUGAUCAAGUCACCCUCCUGAAAGCUGGUGUCUUUGAAGUCCUGUUGGUGCGACUGGCCUGCAUGUUUGAUUCCCAGACAAACAGCAUGAUUUGCCUGAAUGGUCAGGUAUUGAAGAGGGAAUCCAUCCACAACAGCUCGAAUGCCCGCUUCCUCAUGGAUUCCAUGUUUGACUUUGCUGACCGCCUCAACUCUCUGCGCCUGACAGAUGCUGAGGUGGCCCUCUUCUCUGCAGUGGUGGUGGUCGCACCCGAUCGUCCAGGGUUGCGCAACACGGACAUCAUCGAAAGGAUGCAGUGCAAGUUGAAAGCUGCAUUGCAGGUUGUCGUCGGCCAAAAUCACCCCCAGAACCCUAACAUAUGCCACGAGCUGAUGAAGAAAAUCCCAGACCUGCGCACUCUCAACACCCUCCACUCCGAGAAACUGCUGGCUUUCAAAAUGACCGAGCAGCAGCAACAAAUGCAACAGCAGCAGCAGAUGUGGGGAAUGCCUCUCUCCACAGAAGAAGAGAGCAGCAGUAAAAGUCCAGCGGGGUCUUCAUCGUGGUCAUCAUCAUCUGAUGUCACGAUGGACGAAGCAGUGAAGAGUCCCCUUGGCUCAGUUUCCAGUACUGAGUCGGUGUGUUCUGGUGAAGUGGCGUCUCUGACCGAGCAUACGAGUCACCAGGCGACUAGUGCACCUCUUCUAGCAGCAACUUUGGCAGGAGGUGUAUGUCCACACAGACACCGUGCUAAUUCUGGAUCAACCUCUGGAGAUGAUGACAUGAUGGGACUCCAUCACCAUGGCCAUGCAGUGGCUGGACCAUCUAGACCUGUCAUACAUCACCGCUUCAGGAAACUUGAUUCCCCUAGUGACUCUGGCAUUGAGUCGGGUACAGAGAAGGUAGACAAGUUAACGAGCAGUGCUCCUACAUCAGUGUGCUCAAGUCCACGAUCAUCCCUUGAAGACAAAGAAGAUGAAAAACAUUCUCAUAACAGUCAAAUAGUAGAAGAUAUGCCUGUUCUGAAGCGUGUGUUGCAGGCCCCACCUUUGUACGAUACUAAUUCACUCAUGGAUGAGGCUUACAAACCCCACAAGAAGUUCCGUGCCCUACGCAACAAAGACUCUGCUGAGGCGGAACCUAUGGUGAUGGUAUCACCUCAUCAACAGCCAACAAAUCAUCACCACCAUCAUUCUUCCCCACAACUACACCAUCAUCUAACAUCCAAUAACUCCUCAUUGUCCAGCACUCACUCUACACUCGCCAAGUCUCUCAUGGAAGGUCCACGCAUGACAGCAGAACAGUUAAAACGUACCGACAUCAUUCACAAUUACAUCAUGCGUGGUGAUGCUGGUGUGAGCCCCAACGACUUUCCUUCCUCUCCAAUGGCAAGUGCUGCAUCAACUACAUCUACAGCCGACUACAAGAUGGGCUCGGAAAAUGUGCUUGCUUGUGCCACUUCUACAGCAUCUCCAAACUAUCACUACAUUCCUCAGCAGUCCCAACCACAAGCGCAGCAACAGCAGCAGCAUGUUGUGGGGCGGUGGCAGAAUGGUGGAGCAUUUGGAAGCACGAGUGUCAUCACGACUACGAUGGGCCGACCACCCUCAGCCACGUAUGUCUUCGUACCCAAUGGUGGCUCUCCUCCCCUCCAGCACAGUGAAUUUUCGAGGUUGUAUUUCCAACCACAGACAUCCCCACAUCAUGCGUCCUCAUCGACAUCUCCUGCGCCGCAGCAUAGGAAAACCCCACCUUCCUCCUCAUCCCCCAUAUCUUCCCUUUCGCCAACUUCGACAGCGACUCUUGUAGUGAGUGCGGCUUCUCCCAAGGUCAUGGAGUUGCAGGUGGAUAUAGCGGACUCUCAGCAGCCACUUAACUUGUCGAAAAAAUCCCCCUCGCCUUCUCCACGACCGAUUGGGUCACCUGCGGCACCCAUGCAGCACAAGAUCGUCUCGCUAGAGGCUUAAAUUGUGGUGAUUGUCAACUUAUAAACUUUUAAGACGGAUCUACCACCGACUUUGUGAUAGUACAAAACCAUUCGUAAUCUGUGUCAUAAAAAUGAUACAGUGGUUCCAUUUAGACUUACCAUUGUGAGAACGUUCCUUUUACUGUGUGGUAGGACACUUGGAAUGGGUUGAAAACAGUGAAAGGCAUAUCUUUCGAACUUUUGUAGAUUGGAACAGUGUGGCAAUGUGUGAAUAUAUUUGCAACUAUUGGACUGUUUUAUUUCUCAGCAGACUUUGCUCGAAAAGCUGAUUUAAUUUGAUGACAUGGCUUGAAUUGUUUCAUCAUUGUGUACACAGUUAUCUAAUGGUGCCACUUCAGUUGUAUUACAAACCAAAUAAUUUAUUAUUUAAUAAUUAUUAAUUCUAUGUGUUGUUGCGUGAAUUAUUAUUUCGUGUCAAGUCUACGUAGGAGAAUAAAUAGCUCAUGUUGUAAUGAACUCGUGUUGUAGUUAAGUAGAUUUUUAUUAUCGUGUCACUUGUACAUAGCUGAAAUUUCUCACCUUUUGUCAUCUCCGUACAAGAAUUUUAUGUGAAGUUAUUCCCGCCAUUACAACUCAGGGAUGAAUGGAUAUUUCUGGGAUGGUUGUGGGUAGAUUGUUGGGUAGAAAUAGGUGACUGGGUUACCGCUGGUGAGCUGCAAGUAAUGAGCUUUGUAAAUAAUGGACCAAAGGUGUUUUGUUUAAUUUCAAUUGCGACAGUGGUUUUGUUAGGAAAAGCUGUUUUGCAGUGUGAUAAUCAUUGCAGUAAUUUUAUGCUGUGUAAAAUGUUAAUACACUUCCCAGAAAAAUCCAGAAUCCCUAAUUUUUUUUGCAUAUGUUUACAUGAAUACAAAAUAAGUGGCUACCGAAAAAUGCUAAGAAUGGCGUCUUGCACCAAUCCUAGUAUCUUGAUGUGAUAUAUUCUUUUGUAGGGAAGUGCAUUUUUGUAUAAAUUCAAAAUGUUAUAUAAUAUUAUAUAAUCUCUGAAAUAAUUUGUAAAGUACGUUUCUUAUUUUCAUUGUUUUAUUUUUGUUUUUGCCGUGGUUGCAUAUGGCGAGGAGUAUGGAUGUGCGAUAAACCUCAAGUUUUUGAGGGAUUUGAGACUGAAGGAAGUUCACUCCAUCUGAAUAAAAAAUAAAUAAAUAAAUGUAAUUGAAGAGUAAUUUACUCUUUUCUUUUUUAUAUCUUAACACCUCCUGUUAUUUUGGAGGAUUCUUACAGUGUUGUCUUUUGGUCGUUUUGUCAUGUUGGAAAUUGAAAACGGUAGGCCAGUAUGUGUCGCCCACCUAUUUUCAUGGUAGUGUACGACCUUUUUACAUUGUGUGUGAUGUGACAAAAUAUACAAAGUAUAAAUUUAUAAAGCAUCUUACCUGCUGUAUUUUUUAAAAAAAAAUCGGAUGGCAGUGGCUUCCUAAUCUUUAAUUGUCCUUUUCUCGCUCUAAUGUAAGACUUUGUUGUUCUGCACACCCUCAAUCGGCAGGAUACAUAUUGAUGUCGUUUGUUUGUGGUGGUCCACAGUUUAGAGCUGUGGACAGUGUAACUGUGUGAAUUGGUUUGUUGCAUUGAUGUAGGUAGAUAACAAAUUUAACCCUCCAAAUAUCCUUUUUAGAUAUUGAAUGUUUUCUCAAAUACCCACUUGCAUUUCUUUUCAAGAUUGGCCUUCGACUUAAGAAUUUGUAUCUUGAAUCAUUUGAUUGGUUAACAAUCAUCUGCUUCAUCUCUUCUUGGUCAAGGUCACUGUUAUAGUAUUGUAGUAGUCUUAUCCUGAUCAUACUUUCUGGUUAAAUUGUAAGUCUUUUAGAACUGAGUGCAGUGAAGUAUGGAAGGGGGGAGUGCAGACAGCUUUUGCUUCUGCCUCUCGCCAUUCUGAGAACUGUGGCAUGUGCUUGUAUGUCAUUUUGUAAGCUUGAGAGUUUGAUGAGGUCGUCAGAAUAAACUUUGUCUGGUGAAAUCUUAAA